UUGCAGAUGUAUUGUACAUGGGAUCCAAUGGACAAUGAUAGGGUUUGCUUAAACUUUGAGAGGUAGGGGAGUGCAAGGUUGUCUGAUUGGUUUUCGAGGGCUAGAAGGUAUAUGAGGAUGCCCCAAUGGCUAAACGCUGAACAGUGGGAGAAACUUAAGGCAUAUUGGCGAACUCCUGAGUUUAUCGCCAAGUCUGAGCAGGCAAAGGCUGCCCGUGCAUCCCAGAAAGGUGGCUCUUUGCACACUGCGGGUGCAAGAAGUCAGGGGCACGUGGCUAGGACAAUGAAAAAAGCUACGGGACAGAUGCCAACUCAGGAUCAGCUAUUCCUAAAGACCCACACAAAAAAGAAGAAGCAUGAGUCGGAUCCGACCGUAUGGGUUGAGGACAGGGCUCAUAAUUCCUAUGUAAGUGAUAAUUUUAUUAUUUAAGUAAUUAUAUAUAAGUUUAAUUAUGAUAUAUUCGUUAUUUACUAAGUUUCA